CUAUACUGCUACUGAAGUCCUCAAUGAAUUGUUCUUCCAAUUAAAUCAACAAAUUAUUUUACUCUUGGUAUAAAUUUCUGUUUUGUUCUUCCUUUUUAUCUUGGAAUCCUGCUUUCUGGACUACUAAACCUGUUUUCAUGGUUCAGAAACUGAAGUUUGACACCCACCCCAGUCGUUAUUUGAUGAUUGCAACCAGUGGAGGCGUAAAUCAACAAAGGACUGGAGGAGCGAAAACAGUUGGUAAGGUUCAAAACAGAGCUGUGGGUUCUAAACAUACCCAGAACAGUCGCAUUGAUCUCCUUGCAAAACACAAAAUGAAUGCUAUCAAGGCCCUUCAGAGCUACUUUCCCGGCAAAUGUGCCUUUAUCCACAUGAGAAAACUGCCAACCAAGAAAAGCUCCCUUCUCUCAUUCUGCAAGUCCAAUGACUCUGGUUCUGAAUCUUCGCCACCUGAAGGAGAUCUAAAAAAACAGGAAUUGUUGGCCAAAAUUGCUAUGCUUCAAACCCAGAAGGUCCGACUCACUGACUAUUUAGAUGAGCGGUCUGCUUAUCUAACCCAAUUUGCCGAAGAUGCUAAUGCUGAAUUUGAUGAGAUUGGAGAAAAUGCGCUCAAGGAACUUGAUGAAGCAGGGGCCAGGAUAAUGGAAAAUCUAGAGAGCCGGGCGCAGGCAUUUGAGGAAAGCACAGAGUUUAAUAAACAGGAGAUUGAGAAAAAUGACAGGGAGUUAGUGGAGUUCGAAGGUCAAAUAGAGGAGGGUCGCAAUGAAGGCCUCUUCUUCAAGAACCUGGGGGAGAGGGCUCCUGGAGAGCAAGCUAAAGCUAAAGAGGAAAUUGAGAAGAUUAAAGAAGUUAAUAAAGAGAGUGCCGGAUCAAAAGUUAGGAGGAACAUUUACCUUGCUUUAAUCGGCUUGCUUAGCAUUGGGAUUGCUAAUGCCUUGAUCUCUUCUUCACCUGAUUGGCGAAAAGUUGCUAUUUUGGGGGUUAUUCUAGUGGCAUUGUUGUCUCAAUUCAUAUAUGAGCGGACAAUUCAAAAAUAGAAGGGAGAUAGGAAGAACUAAAAUGAGGGUGAGAACUGUGAAGAAACUAGAAGCACUCCCUUAUGUUUCUGCUAGAUUGUUAAAGACAGCAGGACCAUCAUUAGUGAAUUAGAGUGCGAUCCAAGAAAAAGCUUGAGUUAAUUCGU